AAUAAUAACAACAAUUAAUAAAGUGGAGCCACUAUUCAGACAUGCUAACCAAAAGCCUGUCUAAAUAAAAACGUGGACAGUAUCUGGUUGGAUUUUGGCCAUUGUGCUAUUGUAAUCUGCAUAUUAAGCCUUGAUAGACGAAAAAACUUGCCUUUGACUUGCAAGACACAUCUCAAAGAUUUGAGACUUGACUUGGAGUUGUCCUCUAAAGACUUCAUACUUGACUUGGACUUGAACCCAAAAAAACAGCUCUGACUCAAAGUAUUGCAACGGACUCUGUGACAUGUUAAGGUUUACGAUUAUGUUACCAGUAGCCUAAGCUAUCAGGCUGUGUUCAGAGAUAUUAGUCUAGUUAAAGCAGCUAUAAUCGAUAUUUUCUAUAGAGGCGUCGCUCAUAGUGCUGUACCUACAGAGAAUUAUCACCCACAUCUGCAGCUCCUCUUGGCUUUACGAAGCUUUAUGGGCGGGUUCAACUGUUGUUUAACUGAAACGACUCGUUGUUCCUUUUUAAGUCUUAAUUUGAAAUUUGGCCGGAAGAUAGUAUUUCAGUCUUGUUAACGCCCUCUUGACGCCGCUCCGCACCGAUGCCUGCUCUACGGUACCUGGAUGAGACAGACCUGCAUCCAGCUGUGUUUACGCGCACCGUGCCAGGGCAUAACAGACACGAGACAGGAGAACAUUCACCGGCGGGUGGAGAGAUUUCGUGUCGUUGUUAACCGUGAAGGGUGGCUAAAGUAGCAAGUGUCCCACGAGACCCGGUUGCUGGCUGGAGACGAGAUAAGGGGCAGGGGGAGGGGGCUCAUCCGUUGCCCUGGUGAAUUCAUUAACACGUUAGCAUCCAGCUAGCUAUAUUCUUUGGUACCUGAUGUAACAACGAGGUUUCCACCGAAAAUCGCGAAUGUCAUCUCUCGUUUCUGGAGGACUGAGCUCGACAUGAGUCUAAAGUAAAUACCGCGUGCGGUUACGGGGCGAUAUAUUGCGUUCGUAGAAGAAGAGGGGUCUUAGAGAUGUAGAAUUGGGUUUCAUGAAAGGCUAGGGAGCUAGCAGGCUAGCUUCAUGGAAAUAGAGUUGAAGGUAUGCAGCUGCUGCAAAUCGUAGCUACAGGCUACAUACCCAGCUAGCUAACAUGGACUGUUUGGUUCCAAUCAAAGCUGACGGUGUCUGAGAUAGGUAAAUACAAUGAUAACACUGUAUUUGGCAGCCAGCUAGAAGGCCGACGCGACAAUGGAGUCUUUCCUGCAGAUAGCUCCCCACUCCCUGGCCAUAGUGCUGUCCAGGGUCGGAGCUGGGGAGGCGGUGGGGGCCGGUGUGUUAGAGAGCGACGAGCUGCCGAGACACCACACCGGCUAUGAGAUUUUUGCCGAUUUCAAAGCGGAAAAUACCCAGCAACACGCGUGGAACCAACGGAUUACCGAGGCUGUGUCCGAGACCUUCUUCCUGGGAUGGAUAGACGAGCAUGUGCUGCUGAUACAGGGGAAGGAGGACCAUCUGGAGGUGCUGAGGGAAGGAUGGAUGCGGAGGUCCCUUAAUCCGCCUAGGGGAUUCACCAUCAAAUACCUGGGUGAUGUGUCACCCAUCAGUAUGUCCCCCAUCAGCCAAUCGCAGUUCAUCCCCCUGGGAGAGGUAUUGCUAUUGGCUAUCUCUGCUAUGAACUCUGCCCAUAAGCCUGUCACUCAGGAGGCCCUAACUGAACACCUGCAGACAUGUUUUCCAGGUGUUCCCACUCCAACGGAGGAGGUUCUGCACCACACGCUAAGCAUGCUGGUCCGUGAGCGGAAGAUCUACCCAACUCCUGAUGGAUAUUUUAUUGUAACCCCUCAGACUUACUUCAUCACUCCAAGCCUAAUCCGAACCAGUUCCAAGUGGUACCAUUUAGACGAGCGUUCUGCUGACCGACACCAACAGCAGCAACAUCAGAACCAACAACAGCAUCAGCAGACACAGUGCACCUCCCCGCUCUCUGGCACCAUCACUCCGUCCACCUCUGGAGGCGUGCAAGAUCGAACACACCCAAAAUCCAGCCAGAACCACAGCGGGGGUUGCGGAGGAGGUGGGGAUUCUUUUUACAACAGUUACCGUGGAGACGACCCCCCUAGCCACCAUACCACCCUGCAGCGCAGAUCCCCCAAAGACCACCGGGAGGCAUACUCAUCCCUGCACCCUCCACAAACACCUCCUCAGCAAGCAGGAGGCAACACGGAAAAGAGCCGCAGCACCCUCGGGUUCCCCUUCAAGACGGACACGCUCACCAAGCAUCGAGGAGGGGGAGGAGGAGGAGGAGGAGGAGGAACUGGAGAGCUAGAGAAGCAGACAGGUGGAGGAAGUGGUAUAGGAAGUCGGAAGUUUGGUUUGAAGCUGUUCCGUCUGAGCUUUAAGAAGGACAAGGCCAAGCAGCUGGCCACCUUCUCUGCACAGUUUCCCCCUGAAGAGUGGCCGCUCCGCGAUGAGGAGGCCCCCAGCCAGCUCCCACGCCACGUAGAAAUGGAGAUCAUCCGCAGAAUCAACCCUGACCUCACCGUGGAGAACCUGGCCCGGCAUACAGCGGUCAUGAAGCGUCUCGAAGAAGAGCGUGCUCAGAGGAACAAAGCAUCGUCAGCCAAUCAGAGCUCCAGGAGUAGGAGAAGUGGGGGCAGACACAGGAAGCAGUCUCAGACCAAACUCAGCCGCUCACAUAGCAAGACAAGGGCAUCCCGUGGUGAGCCAAGUGACGGUUCCCAUCUGGAACUAGCCGACAGGGACUACAGAGCCUACUCGUCAUCACUGGCUCGGUCACCAAGGGAGCAUGCCCUGGCCAUGGAGCGGCAGCGGGCACGGCUUCACCUUGCACAUAGCAACCCCAACAUCCUUGACUCCUCCCACCUACCAGUCACACCUGAGUGGGAUGUGUCUGGAGAACUUGCCAAGCGGCGGACGGAAAUGCCUUUCCCUGAGCCAAGCCAUGGCCCAUCAGCCCACCACUCCAAAGUCCACCGCUCACACUCCCAUACGCAAGAGAGGAAGUCCAGGAACGAACGCAGUGACAAGGCCAAGGAACGAUCCAGAUCCAUGGACAAUUCUAAAGGACCACUUGGAGCUGGGUUGAUGGGACCACCCAAUUACUACGAGGACCGGAGCCGUUACUAUACUGAUGAUGGAACCCUGCGAGCCAAUCAGAGCUCUUCUCACUACUCUCGUGCCACUCCCCCCUCAGCUAAGCUGCCUGGGAACUCCCUGGGGUUGGAUGGUUGCAAGAGCUUAGAGAAGAGCAAGAGCAGGGACAGCCUGCCGGCGUACUCACCCAAACCACUGCCCACCUCUGUCCCUCCCGACGAUUACUUCCAAUGCUCCAGUUCCUCUGAGGCUGUACUCACAGCAGCAAGCCCACUGGGAACUCUGGGAAAAAGUAGCCAUGAUGGGUUAAAACUGGGCAGCACUGACAGGCAAACAGACAGACAGACACCCCAUCCCCCAGAAACUAAGGAGGACUUGUCAAAGGUGGGACCCAAAGGUGGCAGCCUGCCUCCAAUACCUCUCUCUAUCCCUGAUCCCCCUCUUCCUAAUGGACGACCUCCCCACAGUGCCUCCUCUGGUCAGGAGAAACGUAAGGAGAUCUUUAGUAAAGACACACUCUUCAAACCUCCUCCUAGCCUCCCUUUGCCUGGAUAUAACUCCCUGAGAAAACCCCCUGCUCUUGCCUCCUCCUCUCUGUCCUCAUCCUGCGAUGCACUUGAUUCGCAAGAGGCCUUUGAUGCUCCCAAACCUCUGGUGGCCACACAGUCUGCUCCCCCACAGGGAAAUGAACCCACAACCAGUGCUGCAGAGGCCUCCUUUGACUACUACAAUGUUUCAGAUGAUGAUGAACUUGAGGAGGGGGGGACUAAAAGCCGAGUAGAGGAUGAGAAGACUGGAGGAGGUGUUGUUGGGAUGGGCGGAGGAGGAGCAGGAACAAUGCAAUGGCUAUUGGAAAGAGAGAAGGAGAGGGAUCUACAGAGGAGGUUUGAAAGAACCCUCACCUUCCCUGGUGCUAAAGAGAACCUUCCAGAACCCAGUCAGAAUCAGCAGUCAGCCCACUCUGCCAGACUGGACAGUAUGGACUCAAGCUCUGUCACUGUUGACAGUGGAUUCAACUCACCACGAACGAGGGAGAGCCUAGCAUCUAACACCUCUUCCAUAGUAGAGAGUAACCGUCGGCAGAACCUGGCACUGAGCCCUGGCCAUCUCGGCAUCACUACUGGCAACGGCCCCCCUUUCUCCUUCCGUACCAUCCCUGAGCCUGCCGGCACCCAACCAGAGAAGCUCCAGAAGCCCAACGCCUGCCUUGCGUCAAUCACCAGCGUCUAGAGGCGGAACUAAUGGCUGGGUGUAGCUCCGAGAGCCAAUGGAAAGGGCUGCUUCAGAUCAGUGCAUCUCCCUCUAGUGGUGUCUUCUACUACUACACACUGGAGAGAUGCAGCUCUGCUGACUACUGUUAUUGAUGGUGUAUACACUCUCACUGAUCCAGCUUUUAUUCACUACGUCUCUGUUAUCUAUAAUCUAUUCACCACUGUAAGGUGCAUGGCCACAGAUAAUUGACAGUUAACGCCCUUGAACAUUGCCCCAAAAUCCAACAACAAUGUCAGGUGGUUAGACAGUCAAAUGUUUUACCUGUACCCAGGACUGUUUUUACCAUAACACGCUUUGAAGAAUUAAUUGGCCAGUUCUUGCAUCUGUUGGAAGCCAUGAUGCCCAUCUGAACUGCCUAAACAGUGUUUCCAGUUUUUAGCUAGUUUUUAGCUAUCUCCCCCAACUGUUACUAGAUAUAUUGACAACCUGAGGUGCAGCUCCACGUAUGAGAUUCUUGAUUGCAGUACUAAGAGCUUGUGUUUCUCUCUUCAUGUUACCCCUCAUGUCCACUAGAUGUGGCUGCAUCAUGUCCGGAGCCAGUGUGUACUGGACACAUGAGUGGAGCAUCUUACUUGCAACUUGUUUCUCUGCUCCACCAUCUUUAUAGGCCAGGUGUAUUUUUGCCAGAGUAACUCACGUCAGAGUCUGAAAUUCUCUUGUCAAUAUACAUAAAUGCUUAUAUUUAUUGAUAGUUGACAUGAAAUUAGUAUUUAGAGACACAUUGCAUUUUGUUACUGACAUUUCAUUAAGGACAUAUGGACAAACAUUUUUUCUUGUUUGUGUAUAAAAUCACCUGUCACUGGUAUAGGCCAUUGAGGUCUGCAGGUGUUGUCAUAGCUUGCAACAGCUGCCAUAUUGGCAGGCAGAAGACGUACAUCUCUCCGUCCUGUUAGUAUAUAAAUUCAUAAAUAAUAACUUAAUUUCACGUUAGAUAACAUUUCCACAAUGCCAGACACAGUAGCUAAACCCAGUGUUAAAUUUCAUCCAAAAAUCUCAGUGAAGUGAUCAGAGGGGUGGAAAUGAAUUCAUAAAAAUAUGAAUUAGUCAUUGUUGUUUAAGGACCUGGUGUUUUUGCCCUUCAAUAUGGCGUUGGAUGCUAGAUGGUGACAUCACAGCAGGACUACAAUAAACCGACAUUUCACAAAAAAACAUUUCUGCUUAAAUCGUUUUCUAUCAAAAACAAUCAGUGGGGUUAAAGCAGGGUGCUCUUACAAGUUUUUCGAGGGGGGUGAGAGACAGAUAAAAACGCAAAAAUGUUGGUAAAAAAACAACAUAAUAUUUUAGUUUGAAGACACUCCACCUCUGAAAUGCUUUUAGUGGACAUUUGAACUGCAACAAAUGUGAUGUGAUGCAUAUGGAAUGUGAUUCAGCCAAAUUCAGUGGACAUGAGGGAUUCUGAUUGCAUCCCUGUUGAGUUUCACGUGCAUUUUUUCAACCAGCAAAAACUGUUUUCAGUACAUGAACUGUGGAUUUCAAUUAAAGGUGUGAGUCUUUGCAUUAGACAACGUACAUUCAAGAGAAAGUGCAGAAAUUUGAUUCAUUUUUUUCUAGAUUACGUUAUCUAAAAAAAAACCUAAUUCAGACCAAUUUAUACACAACAAGCAGGGAUGUGAUUUUAUUUUUUAAUUUCCAUAUUUAUACACAACUUUCCCAUUCAUUUACAUUCUAAUCAAGUUCAUGACUAUUUGAGUUUAAUUACUGUUUGAAUCAAAUCCCUGAGCCAUUCUGUCUCUCCUGGUGCUAAGAUGUAUUAUGGUUAGUGAUGGCCAUGAUAAUAAUUAUAAUAAAAAUAAUGAUGGUAUAAUUGGAAUAUAGUAUUAAAUGGAUACUUACACUUGUAUAAUAGGUUUCACCUGCAUAAUUUUGGCAUUGGCAAACCCUUCUAUGAAGCAUUUGGGUGAACUGGAUUACACAGCGACUAAACAGACAGACAGACAGAUGUGGUGACUACUGACUAUGGCACAGAGAUGUGAAAUAAGACUUACAUUUCACAUGUGUUGGUCUCAUUCUGAAACAAGACCUGUACUGCAAAGUGGGGUUGGGGUUAGUGAGGUAACUUCAGGUUUAACUGUGGGUUUUCAGGGUUAUGACGGUGGUUUAAUUCUUAACAGGGUACAUUGCCAUGAUAACUUCCGCUGAACAGCUAACCUGCUCCGGAGCAGGUUAACUUAAGAGGAUCGGAUCACAACCUGUGAACACCACUGACCAAUCAGAUCACUGGAAAAAAAGAGUCAUCAUUGCCAUAGGCUCCAAACCUGUGUUUAGAAUAAAGUGACAAGUAACAAAAGAGCAAUACAUAUUUUUAUAAGUCAGUGGUGGAAACAUGUUAUUGUUCCAAGCUUUCUGUUUCCACUCUGGCUUUAAAACAGAGCUUCUAACAAAGGGAGAGAUCAUUUAUGACACUAAACACAAAAUGAUGAUUUUAACUGCAUUUUAAUGGUGCAAAGUUUAUUUUAUCCUCGGAGUGAUAGCUGACAGUAUGGAUGAUCUCACACUCUGAUUCCAUCACUGCAACUCAGAAUAACAUGAGGCAACUGUGUGAUGAUAAUUGGAAAUAAAAACAAAAGAUUGUCUUUUUUUUGAAAAAUAAUCCACAUACAGUUAAUUGGCUCCCAUGAUUAUAAAUGCAGCUCUUCGGUCAGAUAGACUUCAUAAGUCAUUAACUACUUUUCCACUCUUUUCACAGUAGCAGAAACAUUCUGACAUUACUUUUAGGUUUUUAUGUGACAUAUUCAGAAUGGUUUCUUCACCGUUUCAUCUCAUAUCCCCUUAAAUACUUCAUUCAUAGUUCUGAUGAUGUUGAUCGUAAUUAACAACGCUCCUUUCACCCCUUUCACACAAAUGCACUUGUAGCUGGAUAGGAAAACUCUGAGUUGACUACGCUGGUUGAUAGCCAGCUUUGUAUUACUGGUUAUCUGGACAGUCAAUGUUAGGCUCAGUGAAACCAGCUAAUGAAAAGAUAUCCUGGGUAUGUUGAACUUGCUUCGUAGUACAGGCCCCUAAACUGAGCUGGAUUUACCUAUUUUCAAAAUUCCUGCAGUCCUACAGUGAUAUGUCAGUCAUUUGAGUCUGAUCCUCCUAUUGGCUAAGGGAGUUGUCAAAUCCUCCCAAUGUUGUUGUCCUACAGGCUCCUCUACAACUACCUCCACAGCAGCAAACACACAGCCCGCCCUUUCUACUAUCACACUGUCGUCAGCCUCUAGCCUGUGAAUGUCUACAUACACACUCACACACACACACAUACACUUACACAUCAAAGUGCUGGACUCCCCUGUUGUUUCCCUUUGUUCGCUAUCAAGGUCUCUUCUAAUGGUACAUGAUAGCAUUGUGGUUUAGCUGCCAACCAACCCCCACUCCCUCUACAACUCUUCCUCAUUAUUACACCCUCUGGUAGUACACGAUUUCCUCUGUAGGGUGAACCUCUGUCCAUAUCACAGAAGGGACUUCAGCCCAAAUAAUAUUGGCCUUCCCAUCAUAAUGUGUGACACAAAAUCCUGACAUAGGGCAAUGUGAGCUAGCCAACUGUUGCAAAGCCUGACAAAAUAAAUAUUAGAUUCAGUGAGGAUAUGCACACUGUAAGAUCCCAGAUAUACUCCAACACCAAUUCUGUUCUCUUUUUAGUGUAUGUGCAUUUGAUGAGAGGCUAUUAUUUGAGAAUAUUAUACAGAAUAUAAUUGGACACAAUACAAAACACCAUGGGAACUCAUGAAUCAGGAGUCACUAAAACACAAACUGGAUUAGAUAAUGUCACUGACAUUUUAGUUAUGGUGAUAUAUUACACUUGUCAACCGCAACAUGGAAUGGUGUACAUCAGGACACUUGUCACUCUCACACUGACUUAAUUUACUUGCUGUAUGUUCAGAGCUGAUGGUUUUCUAAAAGUUUGAUUUAAUUUCAUAGAUUUCCCCAUUUUCUCCCUCUGAACUGCAGUCCUUGUCAUUACUAACUGUACAGUUGGCCUGGGAAACUGUACAGACACCACAACCAACCAGCAGGAGUCACAAGUGUAGUGACAAGGAUGAGAACCCUCACCAGCUUCCCACCUGCAAACACAUUGGGUUUGUGGGAAUGCACAAAAAGCCAGAGGUACUGCUACUGGGAAUUGAACUGCAAUGGUAGACUGAAACUGUACCUCUUCACCACCAUACACGCAGAACAAAAUUAACAAGGGAACAAACUUUCUCAAUCCCCUUAAAUAACUAGUCAAAUGAAUCUGGGUACGAUGUAUGAGGGUAUCAGUCUAAUACCACUGGAGUAGGAUUGUACACUCUGACUUAAUGCUUUACUGCUGAGUUUUAGUUCUCAUUCUACCACUGCAUCUGGUUCUACUAUCUAUCUUGUCAAAACCUCAUGUAUUGCUACUACAAUAAAGAUGUCAGUAUGCUUCAAACAAAAUAGUUCAUACAAGUUGUCCGAUCAUGUCUAAAGGCAUACAUGCUCGGACCUUUUCCAAAUGGCCACUGUAGAAGGUAGGGUGAAAAGCCUUAUGUCUUUGCAAGGGAUGAGACCCAGUAAACUAUACAAAUGGAGAUAACACAGAGCACUUUCAGACAGUCUCUGCUCAAGCCAUUCAUGUUGUGGCCCAUGACUGUGUAAAAUGGAUGUGAUUGUUAGAUUGUGUGUUUUGGAAAUUUACAAAAAAACUGCAUGCAUCCCCUACUAAUUCCAAUAUUGGAAAUGUGUGGGGAUAGAGGUUUCAGAGGCUAUCAGACAAUCCAAUAAAUACUUUGUUCGAAGCAUACUGAAGCCUUAUGUGUCUAUGACCUGCCAUACCUCUGUGCUAGGUUUUCAGUCCCUAAUCUACCAUUGUAAUACCACUACAAGUACAAUUCUCUACCACAACAGUUUUCACACUUGUAUUUCAAGGAUUGUGCCAUUACAAUACAAUUAAUGUCUUAAAUUUUUCUAGGGUGUUCUAGGGCUUUACCAUCUGUACCAGGGUACUGGUUUAUAUUUACCAGUGUAAAGAUGUUUCUGUUCUACUAAUAUGCUUGGGUUGUAGUCAAAAUUUCAUCAAUAUUUUCAGAAUUUAAUCUCUGUUAAAAUAGAGAUUUAUAGUCUGUUCUGCUGCUGGUCUUGGGUUUUAGUCUUCAGGUUUUUUAGGGACUAAAACCCACCGGGGACUAAAACCCUUUGGCUCUCCAACAAUAAUUUAGAUUCUAGUCUGUUAUCUGAAUAUUCUAAGCUUAUAGCUGGUAGUCUACAAUGCCAAUAGGGUUCUAAACCUACUUUAGGGUUUUAGUCCCUCCUCCACCAGUAUUACGGGGGUAUACUGUAGAUCCUUUUUUAAAUCUGUAAUAGGGUUCUCAUCUCCUGUCACCCAACAGUAGGGUUCCAGUUCAUUACAAAGAUCACAACAGUAAGGCUUUAGUUAUCAUAUCAUUGUAGUAGGGUUCUAGUCCCAAUUCUACCUCUCCAGAAGAGUUGUAGUCCCAGUUGUACCUACGUAGCUGAGACACAGACAAGGAUAAAUCUCUUACUGUAAGUCAAGUUCUAGUUUCUGUUCUACCAUUACCAUUUAGAGGGUGCUAAUCACUGUCCCUAGAUAUACAGUAGUUUCAGUCGCUAUUGUACCACUAAUCUUGGGUUUUUUACCACAGAGUUUUUGUGGAGAGUUGAGUUCUAGUCCCUACAGACGAAUUUAAUCUCUACCACCGUUCAGGAGUUUUAGUUUCUGUUCUACAGUUGGGUUCUUGUCCCUUUUCCACCAGUAAAAUAGGGCUAUAGUCUCCUGCCUGGUGGAGGUCAUGGGGUUCCAUCCCUCAUGUCAGAUGUUUGCACUGCCCCAUACCCCAAUCCUCCCUGCUACUGUCUGGCCCAGUGGCCCUCACUCUACUCCUUCGCCCCUCCAGCCAACCUCCUGUAACCUUCCUGUCCCUUUUCUACACUGACAGUCCAUGAAAUGUCUUCCCUUAACAUCGGUGGUGGUUUAUAACAUGGAGGUUCAAUAAUAACAUUGUUUCUAAUGGUGACAGUAUGUCAUACCUGUAAAUGAUGUUUAUCUGUCAUGCCUAGUCAAAUAAUUUAAACAAUAAAAAGAGGGAUUUUUUAAAUGUCUAUAAUAUCUGAAAGUCCCUUUGAUGUGUAGUACUGGUGUUACCGUCGUUGUAGUGUAUGUGAUACCCUAUGGGGACUGUGUUGCUUUUUAAGAUAAUAAAAUAAUCUUUGGUUACACCA